AUGGCUGGUUCGACCGUCCUUUUCCUGGUCACCUCCUUUGGCUAUCCUUCUGUAGCUCUUCCGUUAAUCGGUAAUGAGCUAGUUUUCGACGCGCAUCGUCUUGCUCGUAUUUUGAUCGACUUUUUGAGUCCUUUUCAGAUGGCGGAGUUGGCACACGCCAUUCCGGCGGUUGACAUGAUCAACGCCACCUCGAGACUUCAACUAGAAGCCGCUGAGGUGCGGGCGAGUAAACCUAAUUGGGGAUCAUACCUUCGCUCAUCGAUGAUUCCUCAGGAAGACUACAACUUCAUUUCUGCGUAUGAAAAUGCGAAGAAUAAGAAAGAGCGAGAUGGAGUUUUGGCCGCUAACGAUGCAAAUGGACAAGCAGCUCGUACAAUUGUUAAUUUGAUAACGAAUGUGGCAAAAGACCAGAAUGUGCGAUAUGUGCUCACCUUACUCGACGACAUGCUUCAGGAGGAUAAGAGUCGUGUCGAGAUCUUCCACAACGCAGCUAGAAAACAGAAGCGAACGGCGUGGUCGUGGUUCCUGGGAAUACUUCAACGGCAAGACAAUUUUAUUGUCAAUCAGAUGAGCUCUAUCAUCGCUAAAUUGGCUUGCUUUGGUAAAACGCUUAUGGAGGGAUCUGAACUCAAUUACUACUUCUCUUUUUUGAAGGAUCAGCUGAAGAGCGCUGCGACCAACGAAUACAUGAAUACGACAGCUCGCUGUCUGCAGAUGAUGCUUCGCAUUGAUCAGUACAGACAUGCCUUUGUGGAAGCGGAGGGAAUCCAAUCAAUUGUCGCUGCGUUGAACGGAAAGGCGAAUUUCCAGCUACAGUAUCAAUUAUUGUUUGCACUUUGGUGCCUAACGUUCAGCCCGGAUAUUGCACGACGUGCUCCUGCACUAGGUGUGAUUCAGGCUCUAGGAGAUAUUCUCUCGGAAUCAUCGAAAGAAAAGGUUAUACGCAUCAUUAUGGCGACAUUCAGCAACAUCCUCAAAAAGGUCGAUGAACGAGAAAUCAAAAAAGAGGCAGCACUUCAGAUGGUACAGUGUAAAACACUCAAAACGCUUGAGCUGAUGGAUGCGAAGAAGUAUGAUGAUUCGGAAUUGGAGGAGGAUAUUGAGUUCUUGAGCGAACAACUACACCUUUCUGUGCAAGACCUAAGCUCGUUUGACGAGUACUGCAGCGAGGUCCGUUCUGGUCGGCUGCAGUGGUCUCCUGUGCAUAAAUCGGACAAAUUCUGGCGCGAGAAUGCUCCUCGUUUCAACGAGAAGAACUUCGAGCUCAUAAAGAUACUGAUUCGACUUUUGGAAACCAGUCAAGAUCCUUUGAUUCUUUGUGUGGCUGCCCACGACGUUGGCGAAUAUGUACGACAUUAUCCUAGGGGCAAAACUGUGGUCGAGCAGUAUCAAGGGAAGCAAGCCGUCAUGAAGCUUUUGACCGCUGAAGAUCCAAAUGUUCGUUAUCAUGCUCUACUUGCCGUCCAGAAACUAAUGGCUCAUUCAGAGCGCAUGUUGAAACGGUUUCUUCAGAGGGUCGUAGCAACGAUGACAAAAGUUGCAGACGCCGCGGAAAAUAAAUCGGAAGCGGUCCUUCACGAUGUGCAAUCCGGUAAAAUCGAAAAGCAUACUAGUGAGGCUGCGAAAGCCCGGAUAAAGAGGGCAAAGUAUGCAAUGCUGCUUGCUUAUCAGGGAAAGGAAUACUUUGGUAUGCAGAUACAAAAAGAGCACCCGACGAUUGAAGGCCAGUUGAUCAACGCCAUGAAUAAAUUGGGAUGGAUUACCGAUGAAAUGAAAGAACAGCCCAGCCUUUUUCAUUUUCAAAGAGCAGCUCGCACUGACCGAGCGGUUUCUGCUGUAAGGCAGAUUUGUGGUAUGGAGCUUCCAAGGAGUGACGACUAUCCGGUGACAGGAGCUAACGAGCUAAACGCUCUGCUACCAAAGGAUAUUCGCGUCAUAGCGAUGCGUCGUGCGACAAAUGCAUUCCAUCCACAGAAAAUGUGCUGUGCAAGGACCUACAGUUAUACAUUGCCAACUUUUGCGUUUGCGAAACCGACAGAGUUAACAAAUGCCGCUUUCCGCAUCAGCAAAGAAACCAUUGACGAAAUUAAUUCUGUUCUCAGUAUCUACAAAGGCACGCACAAUUUUUUUAACUAUACCUCGAGACGGGAAUUUGAUGAUCGCAGUUGCCAUCGUUAUAUAUUAUCUUUUGAAUGCGGCGAACCUUUCCUUUUUCAUGACGAUAUUCGAAAUGAGGAUGUCGAAUUUAUUCAACUCACUGUAAAAGGGCAGAGUUUUAUUUUACAUCAAAUUAGGAAGAUGGUAGGUAUGUUAAUUACUGUAAUACGUGAACUACAAUACAAAAGCUAUAUUCAGAGGACUUUUGAAAGCGAACGGGUUGAUGUGCCGAAAGCUCCAGGACUUGGUCUGCUACUAGAACGUGUACAUUAUGAUCUCUAUGACAGAAAGCAUGCAAAAACUCAUGAACCAUUAACUGACUGGGGAAGCGCAGUAGAAGCUCGGAUAGAAGAAGUAAAAUUUGAACUUAUAACAAAAGAGAUUCUUCUGUCAGAACUACGGCACCAAUCUAUGUUGCAAUGGCUCGCCGAUUUGGUAAAUCAUGAUUUCUCUGCUGAUCCUGAAAGUGAGGAGCUACCAAAGCAAUCGUUUCUCACAAUGGCUGUCGCAAAGGCUGCUGAGGCGAGAGAGGAAGCUGCCAAAGAAGCCAAUUCGGAAGAUCUCACUGAAAGCGAGAAGAAAGUGCAAAAAGAAGAAAACGGUGCUGAAACUGUUGAAGUCCCCGCCGCGGAGAAACAUUACCAGAGACUGAGAAGGUGUCUGCAAGUUCGUCAUGAAUGA